AUGCGCGCAACUCAGCUUGCUCUUCUUGCCCUUGCCGCUUCCGCAAAGCUGGCCACCUCCUUCGAGAUCCCCGAGGGAAUGAUGGACGGGGUUUACAAGGUCUACCUCAACGAGAACGGUGUCGAAGUCCACGAGCCUCUUCUCCAGAGGAUAUCAUCCAAGAACCAUGGAGACUGCGACAGAGCCGUGCAGAACCUGAAGAACCUGUUCGGCGGCGGAACGGUUCGCAUCGGACCGAAUCUGGCGUGGUAUUCGAUCAGCGGCAGCGUGGUGGCAUUCGCCUGCAACAAAGUUGCUGCACAGGCUGAAGCUAGUGCGGACCGUCUCACUAGAGCCCUCCAGGGUAUCACAGAGAGGUGUGGGUGGUACGUUCCGGGGACCACGAGAUUUGUCACCAACCUAUGGCUCGAUCCAUACUGGGGAUAUAUGAAUUAUCACCCUGGUCUGGACUUUUGUGCUGCGUCUACCAGCUCUAGAUCUGACAGGUGUUGA